UAUGAGUCAGGAAAUAUAUCGUGGACACAAGCAAGAUACUAUAAAUCUAGAUAAUAAAAAUUCAUAUUUUAGAAUGUACCAGCAAAACGUCAAAAUGAUUCUGAAGCUUUGUUUCAAUAAGCGUAUAUUUGCGCGGUAAUUUUGAGUAAUCCUGAAUAUAUGCGCGAAUUGACGUACUAAAUUAUCAAUAUUUUACGCAUAAAUAGACAAGCAUUGAGGGGGUUUCCUUGUAGCAAAGUUAACACCUUCAAGGCCAGUAAAACAAGGAGCAUCGUAGUAAUAUACCAAGAUAGAUCAUCGAUGUAUCAUGUCUAGCUAAUUUACCAGGUCAGUUAUCACCCGUCGUAGAACGUCAUUGUAUAAUUAGCGUGCUCUGGUUUGACGUCAUUGUUUCAUAUAAAUACUGAAUGCCUGGUCCCGGCCACCAUAAACUUGUGAGAGAGCUGUCUCGACGUGCUAUUGUACUUUUAAAUAAAUACUUUGCAUUGAAACGUGUUACUUCCUCUUUUGAGUAACCUAAUUUUGAGUGAUUAUUUUUCUUGCUAAAUAUCAAUAUAAUUCAAUACUUUUAAGUACAGGACGAUGACUGCCACAUUUAUUGUCUUCGCGCUGCUGUUCGUCGCCUGUUCUUACGCAUCACCUCUUAGAAUGAUGAGCAUGUUUGGUUCUCCCAUACUUGUUGUGCCAGUUCUUGUUCAAGAACUAGACGAUCCUCAAACUUUGAUAAACAAGGAAUCGGUAUACGCAUUAAAUGACGAUUUUAAAGUUCCGAAUAAUAUCGCAACCUCCAAUAUUGAAAAACGCAGUGUAGAGGAAGCAAAUGAUGAUGAUCUUGAGAUUGCAGCUGGUACCAAUGUUCUUCGUCCUCUCUUCGUGUAUCGGCAACAGGUCGCGUAUCGACAACGUGCCAGGGAUGCUGUCCGAGGUAGAGGUAGGCGAAUAUAAGCGAAAGAAGCAAAAGCCGAUUUGGAGAUUUCAAUAAUUGCAACUUAUCUCAUUUUGAUAUUAACUCAUUUUGGGAGGAUAAUACAUUUGAGAUACUUGGAAACUUAUAAAGCCUCAACGGGUCUAAAGAUUUUUGAAGUCCUUUAAAGAUCUUUAAAAAAGAAUUGAAAGAAGAUCGAGCAAGAAAAAAUUUCAUGAAAUUUAAACAAAAAUACGCAAACCCCAAAGAAAAAUGGAUAAACUACAGAGAAGCUAAGAUGGUUUCGCAUUAAAAUGAUUCGAUUAAACAAAAUACGAACAUCUAUUUUGAAAAAUAAUAAGCUGUGAUACGAAUCUUUUUUAAACAAAAUUGACAUUUGUAGCUUGCUAAGGUUGUAUAAGAUAAAGCUUGCUGCUCGCGGAUAUUUAUAGGUGUGCCAUGAGCACACAAGAACAAAAACUUAAGUUUAUAAACAGCGAAGCGGAAGACUUACUGCAAUAUGAAAAUUUCGGGCGCAAAUAAAACUGUUUCGUUGUCGACGGAGCUUACCGUCGAGAUAAAAAAAUAUGUGAAGUAUAGAAAAAAUACAGAGAGUCGAUAACGGAAAGGAAAUUUUUGUACUGAAAAACGAGUAAAUUUUAAAACAGCAGCGAAGGGCAUUGAACUUGUUAGUACACUUACGCUAAAAGAUUGUAGACGUUAUUUCGACGAAGAUUAACGGUAUAAAUUAACGGAUAUGAACUAAUCUUGCUGAUUCAGAAAAGUUUUUCUUUUUAUAACAAAUGGAAUAAUAAGAGCAAAAAAUCAAGAAAGCAUUUAGCUAUUUUACGAUCACAUACGAUCUCUUAUAAAAAUCCUACAGAUUUAAGUCGGAUUAAAAUUAAACAUACAAGAGAGUGAGCUGAUUAAAAUAAUAAAUAAAAGAAUUAGAGGAAG